CUUGACCACGCCCUUUCUCCAAUUCUUGUUCUCGCCUGGAUAGGCUCUGGAUAUCACGGCAACAAUAUGGGUAAAUAAUUAUCAAAAUGUUGAGCAGAUUUCCCAAUGCUUAACCUGGAACCCACAAGAAAGAUAGCUAUAGGCUAGUUCUGUUCGCCUGUCCUAGAGUAUACCCGCAUAGGUAUAGAGUAUAAGGCCGACCCUGCAGGCCAUCCCAGACCCCAACCUCAGAAAACUAAAGUGCAGUACAAGAUGGGCUGGAUUGGCAGUGUCAUCAUCGUCCUUGUAGGGGGCCUUCUCUACUUAACAAAUCGUUUCCCUAAUCUACGCAUAUCUCACUUCUCCCGUAAAUGGGACACAAAAGCACCAGCCAUGGCAAUGACAGAAACAAACCCACAAUCCACACGUCUUCAAACCCAACCAAGCCAGCCAACCAGGCCAAUACGAAUCAUCGUCGCAAUGACAGGAGCAACGGGGGCGAUUCUGGGCAUUCGCCUCCUUGAGCGCCUACGAGAAAUGAACGUCGAAACGCACCUAGUCAUCAGCCGCUGGGCGGUCGAGACAAUCAAAUACGAAACCAAGUAUACAGCGAACGACGUGCGCGCACUUGCUACGCGAUGCUACCCAGUGAAUGACGCCGCCGCAGCUAUAUCGAGUGGCUCGUUUCAGGCAGACGGGAUGAUCAUCGUGCCGUGCAGUAUGAGGACGUUGAGCGCCGUGCGGACAGGAUUCGCCGAUGACUUGAUCUGCAGAGCGGCCGAUGUAACGCUGAAGGAGAGGAGGAAGCUUGUAUUGGUUGUGAGGGAGACGCCGCUCAGUGGCAUCCAUUUGGAAAAUAUGUUGGACCUAACCCGUUAUGGAGCGGUGAUCUUUCCGCCCAUGCCUGCGUUCUAUACGAUGCCUGAGAGCGUGGAUGAUAUUGUUACGCAGAGUGUGGGGAGGAUGUUGGAUAUGUUUGGUUUGGAUGCUGGGAAUUUUGAAAGAUGGGAUGGGUUUUGAUCACAAUUCGUUUGUUGCUUGGUGUUUCUAUAAGAGUGUAUCUUUCGUGACUGUCCGUUUGUCGGUGUGGGUGUUGGCAGGGAUCAUGUGC